CUACAGAUUGUGGGACUUUUGUCCGGCUAACAAAUACCAACAACGUCGUCUUUCCGAUUCUCCACUAGCGUUUUGGCGCAGUGAGAAUCCAUUCCAAAUUCCGAUUCCCUCUGCUCUACAUCACCAUUGCUCGGCUUCAGGGAAAGCAGGAAUAGCUUAGUGUGGAAACUUAGAAGCAUCAAAGUCAUAUAAGUUGUGAAAGACAAAUCCAUUUGGAAAAGGAGAGUAUUGUGGAUUAUGUGCUUUUAAGCAAAGAGCUUUUCCUGGUGGUGGAGUGAUAAAACAAAAAUGGCUUUCGAGCCAUUGCUUUGGUAUUGUCGGCCGGUGGCAAAUGGGGUGUGGGCAAGAGCAGUGGAGAAUGCAUUUGGUGCAUACACGCCAUGUGCAGUUGACACUCUAGUCGUCUGCAUUUCUCAUUUGGUUGUUCUGGGUCUGUGCUGCUACAGGGUAUGGCGAAUCAAGAAGGAUUUCAAUGUCAAGAGGUUCUGUCUGAGGUCCAAGUUUUAUAACUAUGUGCUGGGUUUAUUGGCUGCUUAUUGCACUGCUGAGCCUUUAUUUAGAUUAAUCAUGGGAAUUUCGGUCUUAAAUUUGGAUGGGCAGACUGGAGUUGCGCCAUUUGAGACUGUUUCUCUGCUCAUUGAGGCUCUUGCUUGGUGCUCUAUGCUGGUCUUGAUUGGUGUAGAAACUAAAGUCUACAUCCGUGAGUUUCGAUGGUUUGUCAGAUUUGGGGUCAUUUAUGCUUUAGUUGGGGAUGCUGUAUUGCUCAAUCUGGUUCUUUCAGUGAAGGAGUUUUAUGAUAGGUCCCUAUUGUAUUUGUACAUCAGUGAGGUUAUCGUCCAGGUUUUGUUUGGAAUACUUUUAUUUGUGUAUGUUCCUCAUUUGGAUCCCUAUCCUGGUUAUAUGCCUAUGCGGACUGAAUCAGUUGAUGAUGCUGCAUAUGAUGAACUUCCUGGUGGAGAGCAAGUAUGUCCUGAGAGGCAUUCCAGCAUAUUUUCAAGAAUAUUCUUUUCAUGGAUGAAUCCCAUAAUGAAGCUAGGCUAUGAAAGACCUAUCACAGAGAAAGAUGUCUGGAAAUUAGAUGCUUGGGAACGGACUGAAACACUAAACAAUAAGUUCCAGAGAUGUUGGGCUGAGGAAUCUCGGAAGCCAAAACCAUGGCUUUUAAGAGCCUUAAAUAGUAGCCUUGGGGGAAGGUUUUGGUGGGGAGGCUUUUGGAAGAUCGGCAAUGAUCUUUCCCAGUUUGUGGGGCCGCUCAUCUUAAAUCAACUCUUACAGUCAAUGCAACGUGGGGAUCCAGCAUGGAUUGGGUAUAUCUAUGCCUUCUCAAUAUUUCUUGGAGUGGUUUUUGGUGUCUUAUUUGAAGCUCAGUAUUUUCAGAAUGUAAUGCGAGUUGGUUACCGGCUGAAAUCAACCUUGAUUGCCGUUGUAUUUCGGAAAUCUUUAAGGCUAACUCAUGAAGCUCGCAAGAAAUUUGCAUCUGGGAAAAUCACCAACUUGAUGACAACUGAUGCCGAGGCACUUCAGCAAAUAUGCCAAUCACUUCACACUUUGUGGUCAGCUCCAUUUCGUAUUGUCAUUGCUAUGGUUCUUCUUUACCAGCAAUUGGGCGUUGCUUCACUUAUUGGAGCUUUACUGCUAGUUCUUUUGUUCCCCAUACAGACGCUUGUGAUAAGCAAAAUGCAGAAAUUGUCUAAGGAGGGGUUACAGCGUACAGACAAGAGAAUCGGUCUCAUGAAUGAAAUAUUGGCUGCCAUGGACACUGUGAAAUGUUAUGCAUGGGAGAGUAGUUUCCAAUCUAAAGUACAAAGUGUUCGGACUGAUGAAUUGUCUUGGUUCCGUAAAGCAUCUCUACUAGGAGCGUGCAAUGGAUUUAUACUAAAUAGCAUACCAGUUGUGGUUACUGUGAUUUCAUUUGGAAUGUUCACUUUGCUUGGGGGUGAUCUGACACCUGCGAGAGCAUUUACUUCCCUUUCUCUGUUCGCAGUGCUUCGCUUCCCCUUAUUCAUGCUCCCUAAUAUAAUAACUCAGGUGGUUAAUGCAAAUGUAUCCUUAAAGCGACUUGAGGAGCUACUCUUAGCUGAAGAAAGAAUUCUUCUACCAAACCCACCUCUUGAUCCAGGACUACCAGCUAUCUCAAUCAAGAAUGGAUACUUUUCUUGGGAUUCUAAGGCAGAGACGCCCACAUUGUCAAAUAUCAAUUUGGAUAUACCUGUUGGUAGCUUAGUUGCAAUUGUUGGCAGUACUGGAGAAGGGAAGACAUCACUUGUUUCUGCAAUGCUUGGGGAGCUUCCUCCAGUCUUAGAUACCAGUGUUGUUAUGAGAGGAGCAGUUGCCUAUGUUCCACAAGUUUCAUGGAUUUUCAAUGCAACUGUGCGUGAUAACAUUUUAUUUGGAUCUGCUUUUCAAUCAGCAAGAUACCAGAAGGCAAUUGAUGUGACUGCAUUGCGGCAUGACCUUGACCUACUACCUGGAGGUGAUCUUACUGAGAUUGGUGAGAGAGGGGUCAAUAUUAGUGGUGGGCAAAAACAAAGAGUGUCUAUGGCCAGAGCUGUGUACUCUAAUUCUGACGUAUACAUUUUUGAUGACCCCUUAAGCGCUCUGGAUGCUCAUGUGGCUCGACAGGUUUUCGAUAAAUGCAUUAAGGGAGAACUAAGAGGAAGGACCAGAGUCCUUGUCACAAAUCAGUUGCAUUUUCUGUCACAGGUUGAUAGAAUCAUUUUGGUCCAUGAAGGGAUGGUGAAAGAAGAGGGAACAUUUGAGGAGCUCUCUGUUAACGGCAUACUGUUCCAAAAGCUAAUGGAAAAUGCGGGAAAGAUGGAAGAAUAUGUGGAAGAAAAGGAAGAGGGUGAUAACAUUGAUGAUAAGACCUCCGCAAAACCUGUCGCCAAUGGGUUGGUGAAUGAUUUUCCAAAGAAUGCAAACGAUACAAAUAAACCAAAGGAAGGAAAAUCUGUCCUUAUCAAGCAGGAAGAACGGGAGACAGGUGUUGUUAGUUGGAAUGUCUUGAUGAGGUAUAAGGAUGCAUUAGGAGGCCUAUGGGUGGUUGGUAUACUCUUUUUAUGCUAUGUGAUGAGUGAAGUUCUACGAGUUUCAAGUAGCACUUGGUUAAGCCAUUGGACUGAUCAAGGCACUUCGAUUAAAUACAGUGCUGGUUACUACAAUCUGAUAUAUGCAGCUCUAUCAUCUGGUCAGGUUUUGGUCACGUUGGUAAACUCUUAUUGGUUGAUCACUUCAAGUCUUAAUGCUGCCAGAAGGUUGCAUGAGGCCAUGCUUAAGGCCAUACUAAGAGCUCCAAUGGUCUUCUUCCACACCAAUCCACUUGGACGGAUCAUCAACAGAUUUGCAAAGGAUCUAGGGGACAUUGAUCGGAGUGUUGCUCCAUUUGUAAAUAUGUUUCUUGGCCAAGUAUCACAGCUUCUUUCUACUUUCAUCUUGAUAGGAAUUGUGAGCACAAUGUCUUUAUGGGCCAUAAUGCCACUUUUGGUUUUGUUUUAUGCGGCCUACCUAUACUAUCAGAGCACAGCACGUGAAGUAAAGCGCUUAGACUCCAUCAGCAGAUCUCCUGUUUAUGCACAAUUUGGAGAAGCGCUGAAUGGUCUAUCAACCAUUCGUGCAUACAAAGCUUAUGAUCGGAUGGCAGACAUCAAUGGAAAAUCUGUGGACAACAAUAUUAGAUUUACCCUUGUGAACAUGAGUGGAAACCGCUGGCUCGGAAUCCGUUUGGAAACAUUGGGAGGCCUCAUGAUAUGGUUUACAGCAACCUUUGCUGUUAUGCAGAAUGGGAGGGCCGAAAACCAGCAGGCAUUUGCCUCCACCAUGGGUCUUCUUCUUAGUUAUGCUUUAAACAUUACAAAUCUGCUGACUGCUGUACUAAGACUUGCAAGUCUGGCUGAGAAUAGUUUAAAUGCAGUUGAGCGGGUUGGCACAUAUAUAGACUUGCCUUCAGAAGCUCCACUUGUUAUCGAGAGCAACCGGCCCCCUCCUGGAUGGCCUUCAUCAGGAUCUAUCAAGUUUGACGAUGUUGUCCUCCGUUAUAGGCCUGAACUUCCUCCUGUCCUGCAUGGGUUAUCUUUCACAAUUUCUCCAACUGACAAGGUGGGAAUUGUUGGAAGGACCGGGGCAGGGAAAUCUAGCAUGAUCAAUGCCUUAUUUCGUAUUGUAGAGCUGGAAAGAGGAAGGAUCUUAAUUGAUGAUUAUGACAUUGCAAAGUUUGGACUGAAUGAUCUACGUAAAGUUCUUGGAAUCAUACCACAGUCGCCAGUUCUCUUUUCAGGGUCUGUGAGAUUUAAUCUUGAUCCUUUCAAUGAACACAAUGAAGCUGACCUUUGGGAGGCAUUGGAGAGGGCACAUUUGAAAGAUGUCAUCAGGAGGAAUUCUUUUGGUCUUGAUGCUGAGGUUUCGGAAGCAGGGGAAAAUUUCAGUGUUGGACAGAGGCAACUAUUAAGUCUUGCUCGAGCACUGUUGCGGAGAUCGAAAAUACUGGUUCUUGAUGAGGCUACUGCAGCUGUUGAUGUUAGAACUGAUGCUCUUAUUCAGAAAACUAUUCGAGAAGAAUUUAAAUCAUGUACAAUGCUUAUUAUUGCUCAUCGACUUAAUACCAUAAUCGACUGUGAUAGGAUCCUUCUGCUUGAUGCUGGUCAGGUUCUAGAAUAUAAUUCCCCAGAGGAAUUGCUGUCAAAUGAAGAUAGUGCUUUCUCUAAGAUGGUUCAAAGUACAGGGGCUGCAAAUGCACAGUACUUACGCAGCUUAGUACUCGGAGGGGAAGGAGAAAACGAGUCGGUAAGAGGUGAGAACAAGCAGGUAGAUGGACGGAGGAGAUGGCUAGCCUCUUCCCGAUGGGCUGCUGCUACCCAGUUUGCCCUUGCUGUUAGUCUAACCUCAUCACAGAAUGAUCUUCAACGUCUGGAAAUAGAAGAUGAGAACAGUAUCCUCAAGAAAACAAAGGAUGCAGUAAUAACCCUACGGGGAGUUUUGGAAGGAAAGCAUGACAAAGUAAUUGAAGAGUCGCUUGAUCAAUACCAGAUCUCUAGAGAUGGAUGGUGGUCAUCUCUUUACAAGAUGGUUGAAGGCCUUGCUACGAUGAGCCGGUUAGCUCGAAACAGGCUUCAACGAUCGGAAUAUGAUUUUGACGACAGAGCUAUUGACUGGGAUCAUGUUCAAAUGUAGGCACAAUGUCUGUUUUAGUUAACAGGCUUCAUAGCUUUCUCUGACGCAGACACAUUCACACGCAUUUGUGACUGCAACCACUGUAUUUUUUUGUCAAGCAUCUUCAAAAAUCUCCAAAGGAUGAAGAAGAUGCAUGGGAGAGAAUUGCAUGGCACAAUAAGGCACACUAUGUAAAAUUUGCCCUUCAGUUCCUGACUUUAUAUACAGUAUAGAAAGGUUGGAUUGCCUUUUUCUAUCAUGUAAUGUUGGACUGUAAAGGAAAUUAUUGAACUGAUUUAUUCAAAAUGAGCCAUGAACAGCUUUUUCUGCUUGUAA